UUCCUCUGAGUGGCUGAUCUUGUGGGGGAAUAACCGAAAUAAUUUACACAGUAAUUUAAGACUAAUUUGGAGCAGUGCCAUUAGGAGCCUGAAGCGGCAUGACGCGUUCGUUAAGCGAGCUCUCAGCGCUUGUCCUGCUGUCUCUCGUCCUCUCUAUGGCUGUCCAUGGCGCGUCCAUCACCCGUCACCACCGACUGCGAGGCGGCAGCGCUACUCAAGACGCAUACCUGAGCCCUAACUCUGACAUGAUCAAAGCUUUGGAGUACAUCGAGAGCCUGAAACGGCGCACCGACGACUCCGAGGGUCCCACCGGAGACUACGACGAAGUGGACAAAUUCCGGCUCCUGGUGCAGCUCGCUUCGCUAAGGGACGAGGACGCACCAGUGCGCGAAGACGCACCAGUGCGCGAGGACGCUGCCAGUUGGCCUGAUAAUAAAGCACCGGAGUGGGUUCGAGCUCUGCUCAGGGUACUCGAACAAAGCGCAGAUGGCGCGCUGACUCCAAGAAACGAGCGCCGCUUUCACAAGAGCAGACGGCCGCCGACUGAAGCCGAAAGUCCCGCAAGUGAGACUGGUGCCGUGGUGAGGCCACACAAAAAAUAUCCACUCAUGUUUGAAGACGAGGAAAACGUCCGCGACAGCAAGCGAGCCACGGAAGACCUGGACGAGCAGUACACGCCGCAGAGUCUCGCCAAUAUGCGCUCCAUAUUCGAAGAGCUCGGGAAACUGUCUAACUCUCAAAACCUGAAGCGAGAGGACGCAGUAGAGGAAGAGGAUGAUGAUGAUGAUGAAGAUAACGAGGACGUGUACAGGCCCCGAAACCUGGCGUAUGAAGACGUGACAGGAGGAGAGGAAUGGGUGCCGUUAGAGGAGCAGGUCGAGACCGAGGAGAUGGUUAAAGGCAGCCAUGAAGAGUUUGAUAGGGGGUUAGAGGACAGCGAGGAGGCGCGAGAAGUGAUCGAGAGACGAGCCGCACCUGCGCUUGAAGCCACAGGUAAUACAGAUGACGACACAAAACUUGUGGACUACGUCUUGCUGAAGGUGCUGGAAAUGAGCGAUCAGGCGCAGAAGCGAGAUCUGACAGACGCGCAAAGCGGAAGGAGAAGACUGCUGAACAUGCCCUCUCUCCUCGACCCGCGCGCCAUCAAACAGCUGCUCUCAGCUGUUUCUAUGAAGCUCCAAAUCCCGCCUGAAGAUCUGGUCGGCAUGCUGUUUAUGGAGGAGACCCGGAAACAGCAGCGUCUACCAGAACCGCAGGUGGCGAGGAAACCCAGCACGCCUCGUUACCGGAGCCGCGUCAUCAAAUACUACAACGGACGCCAACCGGAAGUCACAGUAAGCGACAUUCCUGCUGAUGUCAAGACUGAAGAUAUCCUAAAGGUCCUGGGUCUGGGAAACCUGGCCAACAAGAACGCGAAGUACUUCGUGAAACCGAGACCAUAUAAGACGCCGAUAUCACGAUACUUUGCGCCAAGUGGAAGACGCGGGAGUUUCUCUGUGUCGGAGCUGAACAGAGCGCCGAGCAAACGGAAGGAUGAUUAUGAUGAUGCAGUGGAUGAAGACGAAGUGGCCACCUUCCUUGCCGCCAAACUUUUAACCGAGUACCCCGAUACUACUUCAUCAGAUCGCAAAAGAGCCAUAGACUCUUCUAACACACUGUUUCCGUACGAAAUGUACGAGGAGGCCAUGAAAGAUUACUUCGAUCAAGCAGACACGGGGAAGGGCGCGCCUGCGAAAAGAGACACGCAGGGGAAAGAGGAGGCAGAAGUGCAACAAAAAACACCGACCGAGAUCGCGAUACCGGAGCAGGCUGAUCAACAGACCCCCGAGUCGGUAACCGAAGGAGAGAAAGAGCAUCAUACUAAACUGGUCGCUGGAAUGUAGUGGGUAAGAAUAAACCACAACGGAACAACAUUCCCCACAUCCCUCUCCUUACAAAUGCCUCUAUUUCCUCAACGUUAAGUGCUUUAGGAUGAAAUUCUAUAUUAUGUACAUAAUAUACUACCGUAUACAAACGUGCAAGAGUAAACGACAUUUUGUCUGCUUUGGGUUAUUAGUGUUUCAAGUGUAUUUUUUCCAACGUGCGUUAGUAUGAUGUGCCCUUAUACUAUUGAGCACUACGGAGCUUAGUAUGGUCCUAUCAUAUGAGCUAGAUCAUUAUUAGACAAAGGUGAAUGUGAUCCUCGUUUCACAGUUUUUGUACCUGUUCUGAAGUGUGAAAUGACUCAAAGAUUAAUAAAG